AUGUCGGCCGAAUCUCAGCCUAUCUCCGCCGACCGUUUCGCUCUAGCCAUUCAAGACCUUCCCGCUGAAAACUUGUACUCCAAGGCCAAGGAGAUUGAGAACUCCAUCGCUCACCUUGAACGGUCAAACAGACAACUUCAAGAAUACGUCGAUAGUAUCCGAUCAGACACCAGUCUCCCGGAAAGCACGAGGCAAGAAGGGGACAAAGACUGCUCCGAGGCGAUUCAAGAGAACCACAUUGUGAUUGAACGACAGAGGGAGAGGGUUGAGCUGUUGAAGCACGAGGUGGAGAGAAGAGGAGGCCAGUGGCACGAAGCUGACACCAAUGGGAAGUUGAACGGGUCAUCAGCGGAGGCGGCUACGAGGACAACGGAGAGAAACGCAGGGGGCAGAUUGACCGACGAGGAGUUGCGCCGACAGAUGAUGGACCGGCUUGGGGCUGACGACGACGAUAGCAAUGAGGACGGAAUGCAUCUGUGA